AUGUCGGUCUAUCUUGACGCUGCCCGUCAAUGCUUUUUCCUCCCCAAACCAACCUUUACCGAAAAUGAUCUCCCUUCACAGUCUGGUCGAGUUUUCAUCGUGACUGGAGGCUACACUGGCAUCGGCAAAGAGUUGACUAAGAUGUUGUACGCCAAGGACGGCACGAUCUACAUUGCCGGCCGCUCAAAAGACAAGUUUGAUGCCGCGGUUGAAAGUAUCAAGGCAGAUGUGACUUCGCAAGGAAGACUGGAGUUUUUGAAGCUCGAUUUGGCGGAUUUGGAGACUAUCAAGGGGAGUGCAGAGGAAUUCCUAGCCAAAGAACAGCGUCUUGAUGUCUUGACUAACAACGCUGGUGUCAUGACUCCUCCUGUUGGUUCCAAAACUGCACAAGGAUAUGAAUUGCAGACCGGCACCAACGUUCUCGGGCCGUGGCUAUUUACAAGCUACCUGACGCCCAUCCUACAAAAGACUGCUGCAUCGGCACCCCCUGGCGCUGUCCGGGUAACAUGGGCCGCGUCGUUGGCCACCAUGGGCAGUCCAAAAGGCGGUGUCGCAAUUGAUCCGAGCACAGGGGGACCAAAGGUCCACAACAGCAAAAUGAGUGACUAUGCUCAGAGCAAGGGCUGCAAUGUCCUCCUCGCAAAGGAAUUCCAGAAAAGAUAUGGCAAGGACGGGAUCGUCUCAAACGCCUGGAACCCGGGAAACCUCUCUUCAGAGCUGCAAAGGCACCAGAAUAAGAUUGAAGGUGCGAUUACGGAGUCCCUCUUUUGCCACCCCGUCAAACUCGGCGGCUAUACCGAACUGUUCGCUGGCUGGAGUCCUGACGCUGGCAAGCCGGAGAACAAAGAUCGGUACAUUGGGCCUUGGGGCCGCUUUGUAACUCUUCGUUCGGAUAUCGGUGCAAAUGAGCAGAGUUUGGAGGGCCUCUGGAAGUGGUGUGAGCGUGAGACGGCCAAGUACGGGUCAAAAUUGUAA